GUUGCGGCGCAGCUGACGUCACUUGCGGCUCUUGAGGAAGCAAGGAAAAUUGCAGCACGAUUGGAGCUUCGAGCAAGAGUGACUUGGCAAAGAAUUGGUGGGAGUUUCGUCGUUGGCUUGGCAGCCGGUGUGAGUGCUGCUUUUUUGGGAUGCUCAAUAACUCAUCUUGUUCUCCAGCAAUCAAGCACGGGUGACAAGGACCAACCCAACCUGGAGACCGGCGGCAAGGCUUCCAUCGGCAAAGCCGCGGUGGAUCCUGAGAGCACAUCAGGUGCGAAGCUAGAUGAUGUGCAGCAAGCACAGACGCCAGAGCGGCUGAACGAGGACAGUGCAGCUACUCCGAAGCAAGACGGAUCGCAGAAGGUACUGCUGUCGUCCGACGUCGGCAGCCAUCGCGUGUCUGUUGUGAAAGAGGACACUGUGCAGAAGGACAAGCCCUCUGCCGGAAUGAAUCGCGAGGAGUCACCUGGUAGAAAACAACACAGUUCGCAGACCGUGAGCGACGGCACAGACCACAAUGAAUUGUCCAGCCCGAAGCCGACAGACUUUGGCCGGGACGGUGCCACUCAACGACAUGCAGGGCAGGAUGAGCGGCAAAGGGUGCAAGCUUCUGCCGAUAUGCCUUUCAGAACUGGAGCAUCGCAGGCUUCACACAAUGACCAAGCCUUGCAGACCUCUCAGCGUCUGCAGCCUGAAGCGGAUGUUGACAGAAACAGCAUGCCAAGCGGAAAGGAGCAGGCGUCACAACCGCUGCACAAGCUUGCAAGCGAAGUCGCUCCUCUUGUGCAGGAAGACGACACCCUUCGAAAGACGGGUGUGACGGAACCUCGUUUUGAUGCGAAGCAAUCCUGCGUCAGCCCGGAGAGCGGAGACACCUUGGCUCUGAACCGGAAUAGCCCCGCGAAGACGGACAAGCCUGCCAAGGAAGACGACCAGAGCAUGGCGGGUGCAAAAAAGGACAUUCCUGGUGCAAGCCAGGACGAGGGCACCAGUGCGAGGCAGCAGAGUGUUCAGACACAGAACGAUAAGCUUCAGCUUAACAGCCAGCAGAGCGACAAAGCUAUCAAAGUGGACUCCAAAGUGACUGCUGGUGUGCAACAAGAUGCCCCAGAAAAGAUGUCAUCCUCUGCCACCUUGGAUGGCAACACUCCGGCUAGGGAGGCUUCCCACAAGAUGGAUGCAACAGAGGCUGCCAAAGAUGAUGGGCAGACGAAGGCACCGACCGUCGACACGCCAUCUGCUUCCCCGCUCACCGUGAUUCCGGACACCAAGGUGGAGCUGCUGGGAGUAGAGCGGCACAAGACGCAUCCGAUGGCUUUCAUCACAUUGAACGAGGCAUCAGCUGCGAGAGCCAUCAUCGAGCAACAGCAGGACUCCAUCCUUGGAGUCCAGGUGGAGCGUUGGGAGGCCUCCGAUCAAGAUCCGGCGGCCUUCCUACUUCUGUGGAAGGGCCAUCGAGAUGACCUCAAGGAGGCGGCAUUGACCACGUACUUCAAAAAGUUCAUCGAGGGCAUAAACAAGGCGCGAGAGGUUGCAGCAUCUGCCGGGAAGGACAAGAAUGCGCAGCUUUCUGCCGCCUCUGCAGCUGCAGCAUCUCUCGUGGUCCAGGCGCCCAAGGCCGAGCCGAAGGCAGAGCCCAAGGCGAAGCCGAAGGUCGCAUUGAACCCAGAGCAGCAGAAAGCAUUCAUCGAGCAGCAGAUGAAGCAAGUGCACCAGAAGCAGGCCGCACAGGAGCUGCAAGAGAACCUGCAGAGGGUGGCUCAGGAGAUUCAGCUGCGUCAAAACAUGCUGGAGCACUUCAAGAACCAGGACCUAUCCACGUUGCCAGUUUCAGAGCGGAACUUGUUGGCGCAGUUGCAGUCGGAGCUCCAACAUUUUCAAGAGCAGCGGAUUGUUUUGGAGCAAGCUGCCGCCAAAGAACUAGGUGCCCCUGCGGCCCAGGCAUUGCAAGCCCAAAAUACGCAGCAGCGAGAGCAAGAGGUGCAUACUGAGCCUCGAGCCACAGCCACAGCACAGAAAGGCGUACUAGGCACGGACCAGCACCAGCACACACCGACACAACAGCAAGGCCUUCACCAACAGGCACCACCUCCACCACCUCCGCCACAGCCACAGCAAAAUCAGCAGCAGAAAGAGCAAGAGCAGUUGGCCCAAAUGGCCCAGCUGCAGAUGCAGCAAAUGCAAGAAGCACAAAUGCAGCACCAGAUGCAACAGCAGGCACUCAUGCAGCAGCUGCAGCAGGCGCAGAUGCAGCAAAUGCAGAUGGCGCAUUUGCAGCAAGCCCACAUGCAGCAGGCAAAUGUGCAGCAACCCCAGCAGACACACUUAAUUCAACAGCAACAACCUCAACAUCAGCCACAGCAGCAACAGCAGCAACAGCAGCAGCAUCAGCAACAGCAGCAGCAUCGGCAGCAGGCGCAGCAGCAUCAACAUCAAAAGUUGCAUCAGCAUCAGCAGCAGCCGCAGCCGCAGCAGCAGCAGCAGCAGCAGCAGCAGCAGCAGGGUCAGGUGCGGCACUCGCCGUUCCAGGUCGGCGGGCGGCUUCCACAGGAAACGCCGAAAGUCGGGAUGCCAGGUAAUGCUGUGGGCGCAGGUGCCCCGGCAGCCGAGGUUCCUGCCCACCCGAUGAUGGCGCCACCUCCGCCAGCGCCUGUCAAAGCGCAGAUCACGGCACCACCGCCAAGCUUGGAGAUUGCUCCGUGCACUGCAGGCACCACUGCCAAGGCCGGUGGCCCGAAGCCCAAGGGCACGGCCACGGCCAUUGCGAUUGGGCCUGUUCCGCCCCCUCCAAAAUCGAUGCCCAAGGCGACCGCGAUGUUGGCAGAGCAUCCCCGGCACAGAGGAGCCUCAGACAGCAAGGAACAGCGAGAGAAGCCUGCGACCUCCUACUCCGAAGCUCUCAAAGAGGAGCAAGCUGGUGGCAUACGCAAAGUAUCAAGUGGGAUGGCGAUGCGCUUGCCCGAGGAGCUGGAGAAAGAAAGGCGGAGAGGGCGUCCUGGGGGCUGGGAUGAAGGUCCGCCAAGAGAGCGCAGCGAUAUCCUGAAGGACAUACCGGCUGAGAAGUGGAGUGGCGCCCCUCCGGCACCUCCAAUGCCGAAGCCCGCGGGUCUCCCAGGACCUGGUGGUCCUGGUCCCGGUGGCCGCGGUGUGUUUCGGACUCUGUUGCCUGCUGCAGCAACACCGGUUGCUGGAGAGGCACGCCCACCAAGUCUUGGUCGAAUCAGGGUCGGCGGUCAGGAGGACAGCCAUGCCAGCGUGUUCACACGCCAAAGGCGGCAGGAGUCCUUCCCAAGCGAUCGGGAGCCCGGCUCGUCCACGGGCGAUGCGCCAGCGCCCCCUGCACAAAGUCCCGAGGAGCACAUCAGCAGCCAAAGACGCAGGGAGCAGGAGCCUGGAAAGGGGCUGCCUCUCAAGCCGUCGGAAUCUGAAUCGCCGAUCGGGCAAGGCCCUGCAGCGUCCUCGGCGUCAACACCCGGCCCUCCGAUCAAGUUCACCAUCAAAGGCGGGGCCAUGGGCAAAUCCAUGCCGAAAAGCAGUCAAGGAGGGAAAGAUGCCGAUUCCAGCCCUCCUUCAGAGCCCGGCCAUCUCGGGUCUGCCCGGUCUUCGGCCAAGGGCGGCCCCAUGGCCAAAUCCACGCCGAAAGGUCAAGGCAAAGACGGAGAUUCAGGCCCUCCUCCCGAGUCAGGCUCCAAGGGCUUUUCGGCGAAGGGGAUGCUCGAUCUCGGCGGGGCCUUGGGCAAGUCCACAAACAAAGGUGGGCCGGGGAAAGACGCGGAUUCCGGCCCUCCUCCGGAGCCGAGCCACCUGGCCACGCCCUUCAGCCGUUUUUCGGCGCAGGGAGGGGUCAUUGGCAAAUCCACGCCGCAAGGUCCAGAGCAAAGCGACGAAAAUUCCAGCCCUCCGGAACCGUCUAGCCGCCUCGGUACCCCUUUCAGCCGCUUUUCGGCAAAGGGAGGAGCCAUGGCCAAAUCCACGCCGAAAGGAGGUCAAGGCAAAGACGGAGAUUCAGGCCCUCCUCCCGAGUCAGGNNGGGCUUUUCGGCGAAGGGGAUGCUCGGUGGAGCAAUGGGCAAACCUGCCGGGAAAGGUGUCGGAGGGAAAGAAGAAUCCGGCCCUCCCGAGCCGAGCCAUCCCGGUCCCGGUGCUGCCGGUCGUUUUUCGGUAA